AUGGGAUGCGCGCGCUCGGUCCCGGGCAGUGGCUGUGCAGCGAUGGCUCGCGGCUUCUGCACGCGCUACACCAUCGCUGCGCUGGUGCUGCUGUUGCUGCUGCUGCUGCCGGGUUCCACUACAGCGGCCAGAGGAGGGAAUCGAGACGGACUCUCGGCACUGACCGGAACGCUGCCCCACUUCCUGCAGGAGCCAGACGACGCCUACAUCGUCAAGAGCAAUCCGAUCAAGCUGCGCUGCCGAGCCCGACCCGCCCUGCAGAUUUUCUUCAAAUGCAACGGAGAGUGGGUCCACCAGAACCAGCACACCUCAGUAGAGCACACGGAACUGGGAACAGGUCUGAAGAUCCGUGAGGUGAUGAUCAAUGUGUCUCGGCAGCAGGUGGAGGAUUUCCACGGUCCUGAGGACUACUGGUGCCUGUGUGUUGCCUGGAGUCACCUGGGCACCUCCAAGAGCCGCAAGGCCACUGUCCGUAUCGCAUACCUGAGGAAGAACUUCGAGCAGGAGCCGCAGGGCAGGGAGGUGCCAAUCAAAGGCAUGAUCGUCCUCCACUGCCGCCCACCAGAGGGGGUGCCUCCAGCUGAGGUGGAGUGGCUGAAGAAUGAUGAGCCCAUCAGCACACUUGAUGAUGUUAAUAUUGACACUCGAGCAGACCACAACCUGAUCAUCAGUGAAGCUCGUCUCUCAGACUCGGGCAACUACACCUGUCUGGCCAGCAACAUUGUCGCUAGAAGACGCAGUGCCCCAGCAACUGUUAUUGUAUUUGUGAAUGGUGGGUGGUCAUCAUGGACGGACUGGUCAGACUGUAGUGUCCGGUGUGGGAGAGGCGUUCAGAGACGUUCGCGCACCUGCACCAACCCCGCCCCGCUCAACGGGGGGGCCUUCUGCGAAGGCAUGUCUGUCCAGAAGAGCACCUGCACCUCCCCCUGCCCAGUGGACGGUGGCUGGGCCAGAUGGUCAGAGUGGUCAGUGUGCAGCGUGGAGUGUGAGAGGCAGCGCAGCAGAGAUUGUACAAACCCUGAGCCCAAACACGGGGGCAGACUGUGUGAUGGGGCGGCGCUGGACACCGACAACUGCACCGGAGAUCUCUGUACUCAGGAUAAAAAGCUCCUGCAUGAUAUGAAGGUUCCUCCAGCAACUGAGGUGGAGGGCAACAAUGACAUUGCCCUGUAUGCUGGCUUAGCAGCAGGUGUGGUCACCGUGGUGCUGCUGGUCAUUGCGGUAAUGCUCUACAGGCGAAGCCAGAGCGAGUACGGUGUGGACGUCAUUGACUCUUCUGCCCUGACCGGAGGAUUCCAGUCGUUCAGCUUUAAGAGUGCCAGGCAGGGUAACCCCCUCCUAAUGAACUCGUCCAUGCCGCCUGACCUCACCAUGUCCAGGACCUACACCAGCCCCAUCUGCUUCCCCGACUCCAUGGAUAAGGAGCUCAUGUCCGAGCCCUCACUCUUUGACCCCUUGCCUGACGUCAAGGUCAAAGUUCACAGCUCCUUCAUGGUGUCCCUGGGUGUGUCAGAAAGGGCGGAGUAUCACCCCAAAGCCCCGCCCCAGACCUUCCCCCGGGGGGUGGUGCAGGACCUGGGCGGAAGGGGCGGGAUGCUGGGAGGGAGGGGCAGUGGUUUGCUCGAGCCGAGUUUGGGGUUUCCGCCCUGGACGUCUGCUGGAAAACCCCUCCUCAGGACCACUGGACUGUUUGGUCAUGGUGGAGGAAGACUGGUGCUGCCAAACACAGGUGUGAGUUUGCUGGUUCCUCAUGGGGCGAUCGCAGAGAACACAAGCUGGGAGAUGCAUAUGAGCAUCAAUCAGGAGGACACCUGUGUCCUAUCAGAAGAGUCUCAGGAGGUUCUGUUAGGGCCGGAGGUCUCGUAUGGCCCACCAGGGCUGGACCUCUCGUGUCCCGUCGCCUUGACAAUCGCGCACUGUGCAGAUGUAAACUCAGACGACUGGAGCAUAAAACUGAGGAGAGAAACGCGGGACAGCUGGGAGGAUGUGAUGUCUGUGGACGGUGAGUGUGCCUCCUGUUACUGCCUGUUGGAGCCUCAGUGCUGCCACCUCCUGGUGGACCGUCCAGGCCGCUACGCUCUGGUGGGGGAGCCGUUGAGUGAGGCCGCAGUGAAAAGGCUCCGCCUCGCUGUGUUCGGCAACCUGGAGGCCGACACCCUCACCUACAGCCUCCGCGUUUACUGUGUGGACGACACACCGCACGCCUUCCAGGAGGUGGUGUGGUUGGAGCGUGGUCAGGGUGGGCGCCUCCUGGAGGAGCCCAAGACCCUGCUGUUCAGGGGAAACUCCUUCAGCCUGCAGAUUUCCAUCCAGGACGUCCCACAGUUCCUCUGGAGCAUCAAACCCUUCACCACCUGCCAGGAGUUUGGCUUCUCUCAGGUUUGGGGCAGUAAUCAGUCUCCUCUGCAGUGUGCCUUCACCCUGGAGCGCUUUAGCCAGGCAGCCAAUCAGCUCUCCUGCAAAAUUAGUGUCCGGCAGGUCAAAGGUCAGGAGCUGAUCUUGCAGGUCUACACCACUGUGGCUGAGAGCCAAAAGGACACGGUGCCGUUCUUCACCCAGUCGGACUGUACCAUUACCUCUCAGACGGGCGCCAGGGCUUUCAAAAUCCCCCUCUCCAUCCGCCAGCGCAUCUGCGCCACCUUCGACACGGCCAACGCCAAGGGCAAGGACUGGCAGCUCCUAGCUCAGAAACUGCACAUAGACAGGAACCUGGGUUAUUUUGCACGACAAACAAGUCCAUCAGCAGUCAUUCUCAGCCUGUGGGAAGCUCAGCACCAGGACAGAGGAGACCUGGACUCUCUGGCGAGUGCUUUAGAGGAGAUCGGCCGGGUCCACUCCAAACACCCAGGUGUGGCAGCUACCCUGGACCACCCCAAACACCUGACCAUCAUGGGAAACCUAAACCAUACCAAACACCCAACCAUUACAGGUGCACUGGGCCAGUCUAAGCACUUGGCGAACAUGUGUAACCUGAACCAGUCCAAUCACCCAACUUACCCUCACACCCUCAACCACUCCAAACACCCAGCUAGCAUGGGUACACUGGACCAUUCCAAACACCUGCCAAUUGCUGGAACUUUGGACCAACCCAACCACUCCAACCACCCAAAUAAUAUCAGUACACUGGACCAUCCCAAACAGCUGGCCAUUACUGGUACUAUGGACCAGUCCAUACAUUCAGCUAAUGUGGGUACGCUGGAUCAUUCCAAACAACUGGCGAUUGCUGGUACCCUGGACCAGCCCAAACACCCAGCUAACAAUGGCACCCUAGACCACUCCAAAGAGUUGACCAUUGUUGGUACCCUUGACCAUGCAGUGGACUAUCCCAAACAGUUGACCUUUGCUGAUACCAUGGACCAGUCCAAACAGACAGCUAAUUUGGGCCCCCUGGACCAUCCCAAACAGCAACCCAAACAGAUGACCAUCACUGGUACCAUGGAGUCCAGAAACUGUGAUAUUCUAAACCUGGAACAAUCCAUACACCCGUCCAUCAUGUCCUCAUUGGAUCAUUCCAAUCAUUCGGUCACAAGUGGAACCCUAGACAUCAGCAGGACUCCUCCGUCGAAUGCUACUCUUGCCCACUACAACGAUGACCUAGACUCUGAUCACACCUAG